AUGGAGACCAAAGGAUACCAAAGUUUCUUUGAUGGAGACAACGACACAGAUAAUAAAUGGUCUCAAGCCCCCAGCACGAUGGAGUACUCCUGCAGCACAGAGGAUUCCAGUUUGACCAGCAGUGACAUCCUGAUGGACGUAGUCAAUGUCAGCUGCUCUGCUGGAAGCCUGGUAACCGACAGCAAAGACAAUAAUACCAAGAAGCAGGAGCAGCCAACACUUCAGCUCAGCCAGAACCAGCCAUUUGUUCUCCCACACUUUAACAACACCCUGCACGGUCUUAAACAGGAAAUGGACUCCAAGGAGCUUUCUAAGACUGUGGCUGAGUCUAUGGGCCUGUACAUGAACGCUGCCAGGGAGGCGGACUUUGCUUUUAGCCAUCAUGGAGGCAACACAAGUCCGGGGAAACCUUUUCCAAUCUGUGGACGCUCACUUGAAGAGAAACAAUGUGGCUCCAAAAAGAGCCCUAAGCUGAAACCGUUUGGUUUUCAACCGCCAGGUGCCACACCCAGGGAAUGCACCACCGGGACUUCAGUCAGCUCGGCGUCUAUGCUCACGUCCUCCCUGUCCUGCAGUCCUCAGACCUCGAGCUGCAUUUCAAGCCCUGGGGGCAGCAACAACAUGGUGUCGUCUACAACCAGCCCUACAUGCUUUGGCCCACUAUGCUCAUCUGUCAGCAGCCCUGGGAGCCAGACUUUGUGUGCGGCAACCCUAGCCAACAUCAAGUGCAGGAAUUCAGUCACAUGUAGCCCCGUAGAGUCCAGUACAGUUGGCUCACCUCCACUGACCAGUCCGCUUAAUGUCAUGAGGUCCCCCAUGUCCAGCCCACAGAGUAUGAGCAGUGUGAGAUCCCCUCCGUCCUGCAGCACUACAUGUAACAUUAGGUCGUCUGUUUCCAGUCCCACGGGUGGCACUUGUGCAACCGCUGCUAAUAACGGCAACGUGGCAAGACUGUCCAUCUCCAGUCCCGCCUCGGGGGGUCCUAUGGCUGCCAGCAGCCCUCAGAACCCUUCCUCUGUUGGAUUUCCUGUGUCCAGUCCUGCUGGGGGGCUAGGUUUGGUUCAGAACGACACCAACAGUCCAGAGGCAGAAGGGAUGAGCAGAGACACAGAUUUCAAAAACUUUGAGUUCCCUAAAGUAGAAAUGGUGGACGGGGAGGUGUUCAGUGUGGGGUUGGACCAGAUGGGAAUGGUUAAGUACAUUAAGAAUGAACCUGAAACUGACUUCAGGAGCAUGUGCUUAGGCAGCUCCAAAUGUAAUGUGAGCAGCGCACCUUUAAUCACACAGAUUAAGAGUGAGCCAAACAAAAACGAGGGUUGCAUGAACCAGCAGCCCUUUGGUGAACCAUCGCCUCCCCUCGGUCUCUUCCCUGCUUCCGAGACCACGUACUUGUCCCUGAGGAAUAACAUUGACGAGUACAGUCUCUCUGGGAUCUUGGGGCCCCCGGUCUCUUCUGUGAAUGGGAACUACGAGGCAGACUUGUUCUCCAACAACGUACUGUCUAAAGGGGUUAAGCAGGAGUCCACGGACGGCAGCUAUUACCAAGAGAAUAACAGCAUGUCCACAUCCGCCAUUGUUGGAGUUAAUUCCGGAGGACACUCAUUCCAUUACCAGAUUGGAGCGCAAGGAACAAUGUCAUUCACACGGCAUGACAUGAGAGACCCGUCCAACCCUUUGUUGAAUCUAAUUUCACCCGUAACGGCGUUAAUGGAGUCGUGGAAAUCUCGGCCAGGGAUGUCACAGGGGUCGCUGUCAGCCAGGAGUGAAGGCUUCUCGGGACAAGGCUGCAUCGCUGACAGCAUGUCAAGCUCAGCGCUCAGGCAACCUUCCUCGACGGCCAAAGUGUGCCUGGUCUGCGGAGACGAAGCGUCCGGCUGUCACUACGGAGUGGUGACGUGCGGAAGCUGCAAAGUCUUCUUCAAGAGAGCCGUCGAAGGUCAGCACAACUACCUGUGCGCAGGGAGAAAUGACUGCAUCAUUGAUAAGAUCCGAAGGAAAAACUGCCCGGCCUGUCGCGUACGGAAGUGUCUUCAGGCUGGGAUGAACCUUGGAGCACGGAAGUCUAAGAAGUUAAAACUGAAGGGAGUUAACGAGGACCUGCAGAGCUCCAAAGAUGGCCAGAUUGCCACAGGUGGUGUUGGAGGCGGUUACCUGUCCUCGGAGAAGGAGCUGAAUGCCAGCGCUGCCAGUGCCCUGGUGCCCCACGGGCCUGGGGUAGUCACACCUUUUCUGCCGCCCUCCAUUUGCAGCGUGCUGGAGCUGAUUGAGCCCGAAGAGGUGUACUCUGGCUAUGACAACGCUCAGCCGGACACAACCGACCACCUGCUGUCCAGUCUCAACCGCCUGGCUGGAAAGCAGAUGGUACGCAUGGUGAAGUGGGCCAAAGUACUUCCAGGUUUCCGGGGCCUGCCCAUUGAGGACCAAAUCACCCUGAUCCAGUACUCAUGGAUGUGUCUGUCCUCCUUCUGCCUCAGUUGGCGUUCCUACAAACACACCAAUGGUCAGAUGCUCUACUUUGCUCCGGAUCUCAUCUUCAACGAGGAGCGCAUGCGACAGUCGGCCAUGUACGACCUGUGUCUGGCCAUGAGGCAAGUGAGCCAGGAGUUUGUUCGGCUGCAGCUGACCUACGACGAGUUCCUCUCAAUGAAGGUGCUUCUGCUUCUCAGCACAGUUCCCAAAGAGGGUCUGAAGAACCAGGCUGCCUUCGAGGAGAUGAGGGUUAAUUACAUCAAGGAGCUGCGGCGCUCUGUGGGAAAGGCGACCAACAACUCCGGCCAAACCUGGCAGCGCUUCUUCCAGCUCACCAAGCUGCUGGAUGCCAUGCAUGAUCUCGUUGGGAACUUGCUGGACUUCUGCUUCUACACCUUUCGUGAGUCGCAGGCCCUGAAGGUGGAGUUCCCCGAAAUGUUGGUCGAGAUCAUCAGAGACCAGAUACCGAUGGUGGAGUCGGGCCUUACUCACACGAUCUACUUCCACAAGAAGUGACUCGCUACAAACCUGGACCAGAGGUGGCAUUAAGAACCAGGGAAGUGAGAGGAAAAGGAGAUUCAGGGAAGGGAACGUACUCCGGGAAAAGGCCUGACCUGACGGCCCCCCCCUCACCCUGUCGCCCUCUAUGGCAGCGUCCUCGCCUCGGAUCACCGUCAAGCCGAGUGGUGAACAGAAGGAUUGGACCCUGCAGUCAUCAUAAGCAUUUCAGAGCUGUGAAUAGUUUGAGACAUCGAGCACGACACGACGAGACGAGACGAGACGGACUUCUGACAAACACGACAAAAGCAUCCUGAUGUACACCCAUGCAACCCUGCCCCAAAGAAGAAAACAGUAUUCUGUGGAGAUAAAGCCAUACAUCCCUUAAAAUACACCGACAACAUUCACACAAGAGUAGACGGAAAGCCAAUACACUUACAUGCCUUCCUACAAACGGGCUCCCCAAGCACUAUAAAUGAGAUUCCCUUAAAAAAACAACAACAAUCCAGUGAAAAGUUGUGUAUUUUAAUGCAAACAUUAAAUUCAGCUCAUGCAGUCUUUAAAAGAAUAAUCAAACACGGAAAUAUCCUGCAUAUACUAGUAAAUUAGCUCUGCGUGUAGCAGCAAAGGACUUCAUGUGGAGGCGCUGUACUACGGCGGGUCUCUGUGAAGAUAACCCAAGGGCUAUAGAGGUAUCAUCAUAAGCUAAAUAAUGACAUCCAAGCUACAAAAUCCAAGGUUGAUUCUCAAGUUGGCGUCAUGGCAGCCAUUAUUGACAUGGACACUCUAAAUACGUGUAGUGAAACAAUCAAGAAUAUUAUGCAAAAGUCCAAAGCUUGAGCUGCUUUGAGGUGAAUAUGUAUCUCUGGAGCGUGAAGGAAGCUUGCACAUGAAACUCCCGUGACUAUUUUAGAGACGUUGUGUCGUGGAUGUAAAACACAAUGUUGAUGCAACACUUUACCUUUUCUGCAAAAAAAAAACAAAAAAACUAAAUAAAAUCAAGUAACAUAAAUGAGGGGGAAAAAAAACAAACUCUUGCAGGGUAAAAUAAUGCAUUUACAGACACAGUUUGAGUAAGAGUCGGCUGAUAAUGGAUUUGACUGAGGUGCAUCUAUAGUAAUAGCUGUCAUUUGUGUUAUCUCCAGAGCAGCUGUCCAAAUGUCUGUUUUUACCCGCGAUGAAGCUAAACCAGCCCUUUGUGAACCAACACUUAUCUACUCUUCCCAGAGACAAUAAAAAAACAACAACAAAAAAAAAAAAUAAACAUUUUAUAGAAGGGUUCGUGUUUUUUGACAAGCCAGUCAUUUUACAUUAAGGUGCUUUAUUUCUACAAAGCUAGGCGAGACGUAACAUGUACAGCAACUAGUAGACUGCCCAUACACUACCAUAUAUAUGGACACAAAGUUUAUUAAACACACAUACUCUGUAAAGUACUUAGUAUCCAACGUGGAGCAUUACUCUCUGCUUACAGCUAACACAUCAAUACCAGGUGAGUUUGUACAGGUGUUAACUUUCUAGACCCCGCCCUCCUCAGCUGAUGUACAGAAGAUGUUUUAAGGUAUGUGUUGACGAAGAACAGAUUAUCCUGCUUAAUGGUCAGAUUUUUUUUUUUGUUGCCCCCCCCCCACCCCCCACACCCUCCUCUUAUAUUUUGGCCAAGUUGGAUUACUUUCACCGUCGUCUUCUGGACCAUUUAACAGUCUCACGCCCCACUGGUUUCUGGACGGUAGUGGAAAACCACGAUGAUGCUACUGAAGAGCGACAGAGUCGAGUCGCAGGAGAAGAUAACAAGCAUGAUUGUUAUCCAGUUAUUGUGCCCUGUAAGUGUGUAUUUACACGAGUGUAUGAAGUUUGUGUGCAGUUUUCUUUUCUCUCUCUCUCUCUCUCGGCAAGUAUGUGAAUAGUUUAUCUGCUCUUUCAGUGUAGGUCAUCGCGCACACAUAGAUAGACUUAGCCAUAUCCUAUUUCCGCAUUUAGAUUUGCACAGAGGGAGGAACGAUGUGAAAUGAGGCAUUAGUGCAGCUAGCGGGGAUUGUUUGGUUCUUUAAGCAACUGUGAUAACAGAGGGAGGGAUUUCUGCACGGUCACCGAGCCUAAGGUUAGACGACGUGACAUCGGCGACAUGGCGUGGUGCACGUGUGCCGCAUCGGCACCCCGAGCUGUCACGCCGGCACCUCUCAGAGCCGGCCCAAGGCGUAAGCAAACAUAGCUGCCCCCUUCUUCAGCUGAUUUUUAGUGCCACUGACCCUGAACCAGGUCUGGCCGGUCAGAAACUAAUACAUCCAAUAAUGUUAAGGUCAGUGAACGCCCCACUUCUAAAGUCGUAUUCCUUGCUUGUGCAUCCAGUCUCGGCCAGUAAAGCUAGAACGCUCUUCAGUGUGGAGGUUGAUGCUGUGGGAAGACUCUACAGCAAAUUGCUGAGGUGGUCAGAAGAAGCACAAAGGGCAUAAGAUUCAAAAGAAGUCGUGUUUUUGAUGGAGGAAUACUGGCUGUUCAUUCAGGCUGCGGUUUGCAGUUAAGCCAAAACUUAUUCUUACACCUGGCAGAUUUAGAUUUACACUAAUUGGAUGUUUGUUCUCUGAUAAGAAAUUAGACAGGUAUCUCUAAAAAAAAGAAAAAAA